CUCGCGAGCGUCGUCACUGCAAGAAAAAAAAAGGCGCGUGAGCGAGCGAGCGAGCGAGUGAGUAAGAGCGCGCGCGCAAGAGAGAGCGAGCAAACGACCAAAAGAGCCGAACCGGUGGAACUGGCGAGGGAAGUACGGCGCAUUAGGAUCCUGCUGUAAACCAGCCGAGCGUUUCACAGAUUCUACGCUUUAGAAAAUCAUUCCUCAUCUUCCCCCUCAUCACUGUUUGGUUGAUGCAUAUAUUAGUUUAUUUAUGUAUUGCUGUCUCGCGGAUCCUUAGCGUUCGCACGCGCGGAGAGCGCGUCCACGCAGCGAGCGCUUCGUCACGUCUCUCGGUUAUAACCUGCGUACGAAUGCAGAGCAAGGAGUUCAGGAGAGACUGACAGAGCGCACAAGAACGGUGGAAAGAUUUUUUUUUAAAGGAAGAAGAGCAUCUAAAGAGAGAGAGAGAGAGAGAGAGAGAGAGGGGUGGGUCGAAACUGCAUGCAUGCAACGGAAAAGUUCGUUCUAUUGCUAGAGGAUUAAAACAACAACAAAAAAAAAACACAAACACAGAUAUUUGUUGAAGGGGGGACACCUCCGCGCUGUGAAGGACACAACUGAGUGCUGAAGCGCACACAUGCAUGGACAGUCAGUGAGGAUUUGGAGACGUUCAUUGCGCACGAGACCGAGGAUUCCCCUCCAACCAGAGCAAGGGGGAAAAAUCAGGCAAAUGCAAUUAAGCUUUCAGUAAGAUGUGAGCCUGAAGAAGCACACUGCUUUCCCUGAGCAGCAUUCUUUGACAAGCUCUUUUAUGAAUCCAUCAUCAUAGAUCUUAAGCUUUCAUCCACACCGAGUUGGAACAUGUAGAAGUGACUGAAGACGAGGAGAAGGAGACACUCUUAUACCUCUGCUUGCUUGCUUGCUUGCUUGCUUGCUUGCUUUAGAUAGUCUCUAGAUAGACUUAGUGGGCUCUUCUCUGCGUUCCUUCACCUGUGAGACAUUGAGGAGACAUUUCAGCGAUCAUGCAUUUCCUCUUGCAUCCUCAGAUGUUUUCCAUCUGGAUCACGCUGUUCUCUGGGGCCACGGCUGAGCUCACAUGUGACACCCUGCUUCUGCUGUCCACCAACUUCACAGCUCGUACCCUAAUACUUUGGAACCAGACAGCAAGCUCAAGUAACUCCACAGGUUUGUUCUGUAAUAUAUCUAUAGAUGGCAUCGGGACAUGUUGGCCCAGGAGCAGCGCAGGAGAAAUAGUAGCACGGCCGUGUCCUGAGACCUUCUUGGGUGUCCGUUACAACACCACCAAUAACGUCUAUAGAGAAUGUCUGCCCAACGGAACCUGGGCGAAGAAGGGGAACUAUACUCAGUGUCAGGAAAUACUCAAUGAAGAGAAAAAGAGCAAGCUGCACUACCAAAUUGCAGUGAUUAUAAACUACCUUGGCCACUGCAUCUCUCUCGGUGCCUUGCUGGUUGCCUUCAUUCUCUUCAUGAGGCUGAGGAGCAUCCGCUGCCUUAGGAAUAUCAUCCACUGGAAUCUGAUCACGGCAUUCAUUCUGCGCAACGCAACGUGGUUCGUAGUGCAGCUGACCAUGAACCCAGAGGUUCAUGAGAGCAAUGUGAUCUGGUGCAGGCUGGUUACCGCAGCGUAUAAUUACUUUCAUGUGACCAACUUCUUCUGGAUGUUUGGCGAGGGAUGCUAUCUACACACAGCCAUCGUGCUGACUUAUUCCACGGAUAAGCUCAGGAAGUGGAUGUUCAUCUGCAUCGGCUGGUGUAUUCCUUUUCCGAUAAUCGUUGCAUGGGCCAUCGGUAAGCUGCACUAUGACAAUGAAAAAUGCUGGUUUGGAAAGCAAGCUGGUGUUUAUACCGACUACAUCUACCAGGGUCCUAUGAUUCUUGUUCUUCUGAUCAACUUUAUUUUCCUUUUCAACAUUGUGAGGAUCCUGAUGACCAAGCUAAGAGCCUCCACCACAUCGGAGACCAUUCAGUACAGGAAAGCUGUGAAGGCCACUCUGGUCCUGCUGCCUCUUCUUGGCAUCACCUACAUGCUUUUCUUCGUCAACCCUGGAGAGGACGAGAUUUCCCAAAUAGUCUUCAUCUAUUUCAAUUCGUUCCUUGAGUCAUUUCAAGGUUUCUUCGUGUCGGUGUUUUAUUGCUUCCUGAACAGUGAAGUCCGCUCUGCUGUUCGGAAGCGCUGGCACCGUUGGCAGGACAAGCACUCAAUCCGGGCACGGGUGGCACGAGCCAUGUCCAUUCCCACCUCUCCCACUCGGGUUAGCUUCCACAGUAUCAAACAGUCCUCAGCUGUCUGAUCUUAACUAAUCUCGAGCACCACAACUUUCCUUUCAGUGCCCCACCUCCACCCACCCAUCCUUCACUGCUAAGCAAACCCAGGGAACGGCUGCAGUCCAAACAGGGUAUAAGACCUUCAGUUGAAUAAUGGCCCAAAAGCGGUGUGCAAGCAUAGACACAAUUUCAGGACUCGUCUAGCAGAGCGUUGAAGAAAAGAGAAACGUAAGGAAGAACCUCGGAGCAGCAGUUACCCCUUGAUCAACUGAGAUGGUGGUGAGAUUUGAUCAUCCUCUGCAUAAUAAAGGGUAGAAAUUCCAAGCUCCAUGAACAUACUGUGGUGGGACCUGUUUAACUGUAAUGGUCAGAAUUGAAUUUAAUUACUUUUCCUUAUCAGCUCUUUUUGUGUGAGGGAUUAUUGCUGGCUCAGCUUUAUGUCAAAUCAGGAUGAAGUUGUUUCAGGAGCAUGAAGCAUGGAAGCAUUGUGAGGAAGUCUGUCAAAUACCGGCAGCUUCGACGCAAAGACUUUGCCGAACUUUGAUGGUGGCACACCUUCCAUUGGACCUGUUUCUCUGGGAUUAAUCAACUUUUUUGUUGUUGUUGUUAUUAGAUAGCUAAAGUCUUGUAUGAAAGAAAUGGGUAUAUGUUCAGAGAACUAUAUGGACCAUCUCUCAAAUCUAAAACAAUAGCAGUUGUCUCAAUCUGCCACCCUUUAUCAUAAGGAGUCAUUUCAAACAGGAAUACACAGUUGUGUCUUCUUUUUUGUUGCUGUUUUUAGUACAGGGAUUCAGACAGUCAAUUAUCACAGAGAGGAUACAAACAUUUGUAUCAGAAACAAACUUCUCAAAUAUUCUCCCACAAUUUGUACCAUUCCAUUGGGCAAGUACUAAAAGAAAAGAUUGCCAGCGAUCAUAGUAACCACAGUAAAUUCUAGAAGUUGUCAUAUUGAUUGUGAUUUUUUUUUAGACGUAUUCAUUUAUGAGGACCAAUAGUAUAAUCUUAGAUGCUAGAAAAAUGUCUAUGAAAAUGAACACAUUUGAUUAUUGCUCGCAUUUUUUUUCCCCCAUUAUUGUAUUAUAGUAUAGUUUCUUUUACUAAAACACUGUCAAGCAGCGAUAUGUCGUACUUGUAACGAAUGUUCGUCUGUAUUUUAGCACAUUGUGAAUUGGACCAGCCUCCAAUCCAAAGAGCAGGAAGAAUCGAAUAUUAUCAGUCACUUUCCUGUUUUACCACUAGAAGGUUAUAAAGUCAUA